GAGCGAACUGAAGGUUUACUGGAAAUUUUGUAUGCGGAUAAUUUAUGUGUGCUUUUGUUUUGUGUAAGCAGAAAAUAUAAGUUUAAUUUAAAUAUAACUAAAAGAAACAGUAUACAUGAGUUGUCUUUGCAUCUCUCUUUGAUUACUGAGAAUGAAGGAUUAGCAAUUCACAUUACACACACUUUAAACUCUUAUCCCUGAUGAGACCCAGGGGCAAAACUCAACAGCGAUAUAAUGAAGCUAUACAGAUACUUUCUGGAACUCAAGUCAAAAAUCAAAAUUUCAAUUCCAAGGUGAAUAUUCCUGAUAAAAUGGCUACAAAGAGAAGACAAGCUUGUCCACAAACAGUUUUACACUUAUGGGAUGCCAUUGCUUAUAUUAAACAACAGAAGCAAAUUCCAAACUUUGAGCGUUUGUCAGCCUAUAUGAAAAGAGUUUACAAUCUAAAUCCUUCUGAUCUUGAACGGCAAUUAAAUUUUGCUGUAAGUGAUGGACUUAUUGUUGUUAAAAAAAGCCUUGGCUGUAAGGGAUCUAAAGUUGGAGUUGAGCAAGAUGGAUAUCGUAUUCCUGAAGAUGUUAAAGAAAGAGAUGGUCAUGAUUGGUAUUGUUUUGAAUGCCAUAGAGGUGGAGAAGUUCUUUUAUGCACGACAUGUCAUCGGGUAUUUCACGAAGUCUGCAUUACUGAUGAUGUAAAAUCUGGAAAGUUUGUGUGCCCAGUUUGUAAACAGAAUAUGAAAAAAUUCCCAGUAGAAUUGAAAAAGAAUGAACUUAAUACUAUUCUUGGAUAUACUUGCAUUAGGCUAAAGGAAAAGACAAGAGAAUUGCAUCGAAUUCCCCAUCCAGAUGAUGAAAAGUGGCGUUUUAAUUUUCUCAUUUAUGAACCAAUGGAUUUGGUUGCUAUGGAAGAGAAAAUGAAGGCGAACGAAUACAUAAGAUUGGGGGAUUUUUUUACUGAUGCCCAACAGAUUGUUCACAAUGUUAUUGUAUAUUUUGGAAUGCACAGUCGAAUAGCAGAGAUGGCACGACAGAUGUUAGGAGAUUGUGAAUAUGAUUUACAAGAAAUUGUUCAAUGUUUGAAUUGUUACAAAAUGUCUAAUACAAAGAAUGAUGUCUAUUGGUUUUGUCAACCUUGUGAUCCACCUCAUGAAUUAGUGUAUGCCAAAGUAAAGGGAUUUCCUUAUUGGCCUGCAAAAGUUAUAAGGAAGCAUGAAAAUUGUUAUGAUGUACGAUUUUUCGGAGCACAUCAUCAGAGAGCGAUUGUGGAUGAUGAUUAUGUUAAGCCUAUAUCAACCAGUUUUCAGAAGUUAGGUAUUAAAAAAACUGCUGCAUUUGAUCGAGCUUACAAAGAACUCUGCCACCAUCAACAGUUAGUUGAGAAAGCUUCAAAAAGGAAAUCUGCAGGUAACAACAAAUUAGAAAAUGACAAGGUUAUUGAAAAAAGUAACCUAGAAAGUGACACUGUAACAAAUGUGAACAGUUCCUCUAAAUCAAAGACUCCAGCCUCACGUAAGAGGAAAAGUACAUCUCUUCCUGUUGCCAAGCCUCCAAGUGCAAAGAAAUCUGCUAAUGUUCCUGUUAAGAAAAAUAAAAAAUUUUAUCAAGAAUCUCCUACAUCCUCAUCCCCUAAAAAUAUUUCAUCUCAGGAUCUAUCAGUUUCUGAUGAUAUUAAUGAUCAUAACCUAGUUUCAUCAUCCAGUCAAGAAGCUGCUGUUUCGUAUACUUCAAUUGGUGUUCAAACAGAAAAUGAGGUCACAGAAAAUGUAGCAAACCCAUCAGACAAAGAUUUGGAUAAAAAUCCCAACAAUGAAAAAACAUGUGAUUGUAGUGCCAAGUAUGAAAAAGCUAUUCAAGAUCUUCACAUUCGUUUGGAGGAAGAACAUAAAAAAGACAAGAGCAGAGCCCUUAAAGAAUUUUCUGAAAAUUUGCAAAAAGAGUUGCAAAUGGAAAAUGAAAAGCAAAAAUAUUUAUCUUCUGCUCUUGAGAAACUUCAGCAAGAACACCAAGAAGCUAUGCGCAAGUUGCAGGAAGAGAUUGAAACAAAGCAUAAAUUACAAAUAAAAACCCUCACAGAAGAACAUAAGACUUUUCUGUCUGAAACAAAGAAAAAACAAUGGUGCUACAAUUGUGAAAAUGAGGCAAUCUACCAUUGCUGUUGGAAUACCUCAUAUUGCAGUGUGGAAUGCCAGCAAGUUCAUUGGCACAAGGAGCAUAAACGCACCUGUAGGAGAAAGCGGUAAUAACUGAAUUCAUUACUAACAGAAUCUUCAUGUGUAUUCCCACUACAAACAAUCCAUCAUCAGAGUGACUGAGAUCAUUGUAUUAAACAUCAGGGUAUUGGGAUAUACUAUUUUGUGUCGGUGCAAAAGGAAGUGCAGAACUGCAGCGUAAUAUGCCUUAAUUCUAUGUUUUCUUGUUAUUGUACAAAGGCAAUAAAUCUAUCUAUAAACGUUUCAUUAGAUCCCUGGAAAUAUUAUGCUGAAAGGCAUUGUUGAAUUUGUAUUUAGUGUUGAUAACUCCAAAGAAUUUUUAAUGUUUUUGCUAUCAUGUAAAGACCCUUGGAGUACUGUAUUUUUUAUUUGAUCUGUAAAAAGAAUGUUAGAUUGUUUUAUUUAAGUCCACAUCUUUUUUUAAGAGUAUUUUUUAAGUAUUAAUAAAUAUUUCCUUCCAGUCAGCUUGAAUAAACCACAUUUCAUUACAUCAUCAUUAUGAUUUUCAUUCAGCUGAAUGAUGAUUCAUGCUUUUUAUUUUCUGAAAUUCAUGUGCAGCUGUUGUUAUAUCAUGUCCUAUGGAACAUUUUGGUGUAAUGAAUGCAUAAAAAUUCAUAUUUUAAAAAAUGAAGCACAAUUUAAUGUUUUUGUAAGAGAUUAAAGGAAGCAGCAGCAGCAACGAUUUUUUUUUUAAUUGUAGGAUUUCUAAAAUUAUCUAUCUCAAUCCUCUCAAAUGAAUUUUAUUUUUCAAAAAUGGGGUGAUUGAAAAGAAUACUUCAACUUUAAUAGGUUAUAUUUAUAAAAAUUAAGAGUAAUUCAACGUUAAGAUAUUCAAAAAUUAUAAAUACACCAUAAAUUCAUAAAUGUGCUGAAUAUCCCAAAUUAUUCUAUGCUUUUUGAGCACUUUUUUUUUUUUUUUUUUUUUUUUUUUUUAUGCUGACGGGAAAAUUUGGCAAUUCCCAGGUGCUUUUAAUUUUUGAAUAUAAAUGUGCAUUUAUUCAGUCUAUUGCAAAUUCCCAAUAAAUUUAAUACAUGAAACACUCCUAUUUUUGAGAAUUUUGAAUUCUUCAUUUAUAAUCAAAUACUCAUUUGACCAUUUCAAUCCAUUUGAGGUUUACCACUUUGGCAAAUUCUCCAACAUUAAUUUGCUGCUGUGAGGCAAACUGACAUUAAACUUCUGUAAUUCUAUGAAAAAUACUUUAUGGGAGGUAUUUUGAUUAAUUGAUGAAACUUAAAAAUAUUCGUCUCAGAAUUAUUUGUUCAUUUGCACUAUAAACCACUUGGUUGCAGAGAUAUAGUCUUUUAGAGGAGGGUAUUCUUUAUAUCGAUCAAUACAUAUUUUACAGAUGUGUAUUACUUUUUGAAACAUUUUCAUAAAAGCAAUGGAUUUGUCUUAUUUCAGUAUUUUUUAAAGAA